AACAGACGUUUUCUUGGCAAGUAAUCAUGACUUCACUCUUGAGCAGAAGUAGUUCUGUUAACGAGACUAACAUACCUGUUACAGGCUCUUCACUAGCUAGAAGCCUUUCUUACAGCGCCACGCGCAGAAACGGCUCUCCGUCCGUACAAUUUAGUUCUGAUGAUGCGCUGAAAAAUGCUACACGGGUUAAAUUUUGUUUAUUAGAUGCAAAGGCGCAAAUGGAUAAAUUUGUAAAGGAAUAUCCGCUGUACUGGGACUUAUGGAACAUAGCCGUUGUUAUAAGAUACGGUGAUGCCGAGAAAAGGUUACCAAGCAUAGCGACCCAACUGGACAGGAGUAAAUUAGAGAGCUUGCUAUUGGUCAAGAAUAUUCUAACAACAAUGGGAGACAAUCUUGUGAAAACCUUGAAGCCAUCCGUACAGACAGACAAACAGCUUUCGUCAUAUCUUGAACGGGCAGAACAUGCUACUGGAAAUGCAAUGGUUUCGUGUGUGAAUGGUACACCUGAGUUCCGUUUCGAAAAGUCUGAACAAAAAGAUCUGUAUUCCUCGAAUGAUAUAAUGUCAGCAGCAAUGAUUAUACAGCGAUACCUGGCGGAUGUUACAAAUGGAAUUUGAAAAUAAGUUAACUUAAUGUGAGGUCGAUAUUAGGACUUAUCGGCCUGGGGAAAGUAGUACUUAAAGUGGACGUAGUUUAUACCAAAGGAAAUGUUUAUAAUAAUAUAUAAUUGUAGAUUUUACAGCAUUGGCAUAUGGUGAGACCUGGUUCAGACUAAAAUAAUAUUGACAGAGACGGCUGUGCAUAUUUAUACUGUUCCGGGCGCAAAUCAUAUGAAAAGUCCAUAACUGUUUACACUCAUAAAUAUCCAACUGGAAAAGGCACUGCCAAGUACGCAGAUUAUCAAACCCAAACUCGACAGCAAGGUAGCUUUUGGUGGUGAAGGAAUGCCCCUCCAGAAAUUGUUUGUUUAAGGCAUGAGCGGGUACUUGGGUAGAACCACCUACCUUCCGUAAGCUAGCUGAAUGGCUUCCUCACAUGAAUAAAUCUUCACCCCAAGCGAAGAUAGAACCCAUAUCGGUGAGGGGCAAGUGAUUCUAAGUCAGCGACCGUAACCACUCAGCCGUGGAGGUCCCCUCUUCAAAGAUACAAGUAUAAAUAGAUUAAACACAAUUAUUUUAUAAUGUUUCAUCCUCUUAUCUUACAUUCGAAGGAUCUUUUCAUAACUUUUUACAGGUAUAUUGAUGAUAUUAUUUUUGUGUUUUAUUUUCAAAUUACGGGUAUUUCGUUUUAUGCUGCCUUAGUGUUAUUACAUGUUUAAUUAAAGAUCUGUAUAUUACUGCUUUUUUUUAAACUACAACGUACCAUUCAUAUUCAAGGGGAUUUUUCUGAUUAAUUGAUUAAUUAGAUAAUUAGUCACAUGCUUAAUUACGACAAACUCAAAUUUAUUGUUAAUUUUUGUUCGAAACAGAGAUUGAUCACCUGGACCUUAUGGUACGCAAUAGACGUGUAUCAUACCAAGGGUACAGAAAUAACCGAUGUUUCACAUCGCUCUAAACAACUAAUUCGCUAUUCUAACAUAAGCAAUGUUCUUGCGAAAAAGAAACUAAGAUAUGAUUUUUCUUAUUUUCGAGUUGGCGUUCAAUUAUUGUCGUUUAUUAUUACAAGCAUGUUAUCUGAUUACUUGUAGUUGUUUCUCCACAUACAAAUGUAUUAAAAUGUUUCUCCACGUGUUACAUUUAUGCUAAGUACUACAUGUAUUACUACUCUCAUAGUUCUUGUCGAUGUUCUAAUCAUACGAUGACGUUUCCUUUUACUUAGUUACAUUUAGAGCUUUAGUGUAUGUUGAAACAGUUUUUAAUUUGUUACUGUGAUAAUAAGAAUAAAGUUCUUUAUGAACAGUGCUAGGAUUGAAAAUAUAUAGCAUUAUAUAGCACAUUAAUUUUGUUAACGUUAGUAAAGAAAAAUGAUGCAAAUGCUAGUCAUUGUUAUUUAUAUGUUCAUGUACCAUC